UAGACAAUGACCCCAACAUCAUCAUCUUUCUCUCUCCAGAGCUGCACUUAUGACGUCUCAUGAUGAUUCCUUUACAAAAUACCAGUGGAAACAAAACAUCCUUGUUGGCAGUUGAAGAGGAAGGCCAAACAUCAGACCCUUCCCCAUGUGUUCUUGGUUAUAUACCAAUUGUAUACUACAGCAUACUACUUGGCCUUGGCUUACCAGUGAACAUCUUAACAGCCGUGGCUCUCUCAAAGCUGGCAUUCAGGACCAAGAAAUCCUCCUACUUCUACCUCCUGGCCCUUACCACUUCUGACAUCUUGACUGAGAUUUUUAUCAUCUUUGUAGGCUUCAUUCUUCAGAACGCCAUCCUCCAUCGCAAGGUGCCGAAUGCUUUCAUCCAUAUGGUCAGUGUCCUAGAGUUCUCAUCCAACCAUGCCUCCAUCUGGAUCACCGUCAUCCUAACAAUGGACCGAUAUGUAGCCUUGUGUCUACCUUUACAAUACCGCUCUCUUUCCUACCCAGAACGUACACGUAGGAUUAUCAUGUGUGUGUUUCUGGCAUCGUUUGUGACUGGCAUCCCUUUCUACUGGUGGAGUGAUGUUUGGAGGGACCCUCGAACACCAGGUUUGCUGGACCGUGUACUCAAAUGGGUCCAUUGCUUUAUAAUUUAUUUUAUUCCUUGCACCUUCUUCUUUGUCAUCAACUCCAUCAUCAUUCUUAGGCUUAGAAAGAAUUCUGUGACAAAGAAGUACAAGCUUCGAAUAGAAAAGACCACAGCCAUACUCAUAGGCAUCACAACUGUAUUUGCUGUGCUAUGGGCUCCCCGGACCAUUGUCAUAAUCAUUCACAUGUAUUUAUCCUCAGUCCACAAGGACUGGAGGGUUCACUUAGCUAUGGACAUUGGAAACAUGUUGGCUUUACUUAACACCGCAGUCAAUUUCUUCCUGUAUUGCUUUGUAAGUAAGAGAUUUCGGGAUAUGGUGAAGGAAAUUCUUGGAAUUCAGAAACCCUGCCGCACAACCGAGGGAAAGAAAAGCCAAAGUGACUUUUCUGACUCUUUGAAGCCCAUGGAGAUUCCACAAGCAACAACAAUAUGA